AUGGGAAAUUUUGAAUCGAAUUUAAUGGACAUGAUGAACAAAGGGCCUCUUGAGUUCUCGCACCAUUGCUACUUCACAGUCUCGUAUUCAAAGUACCCAGAGGCGCCAAACUUCGAGUCAGUGGCCGUAGACAUACGCUACGAGUACCAAUUCAGGCCCAACGGAGCGAUGAACACUCUGGGAUCAGACGUGCUGGCCACGCUCAACGGGAACAAGAACGCCGCAAACACACUUAACGGCUCAAUGGAGAAGAUCGAGAAGUCAAUCGACUCGUUCAAGGAGGUGACAAUAUUCAAGUGCCUGGACCCGAAGUGGACGCGAGACGUGAUUGAGAGAGGAGAGGUGUUCUUUUCAACCUAUAAGCCGGUCAACCCCCUGGUGCUAGUUUUGACGACCAGGGACGGCAAAAAGCACCACUACCGCUACAGAAAGCUGGGCAGUCAGCCGAUAUCGCUGAGGCUGGCCCCAGAGCACUUCUCGGCAGACGAGCUGAAGAGCGCCCUCGUGGAGGAGAACAACAGGCUCAACAAGAAGCUCAAGUUCAAGUUGGGCCAGAGCAAGAAUCGCAACGUGCAGACCGUGCCCGAAAGCUGGGAGGACGAGCUGCUGCUGGGCAGCGUCAGGCAGUUUAAGAUGGUCUCCCACGUGCCCCUCUCGGAGACGGACCCAGAGCGAAGCAGCGGCAUCGGCCACUGGGGCUCGACCUCCUGGACCUCGGUGGUCUCUCUCCAGGACCUGUUCAGAUUGCAGCCGGCGAACCUCGCUUUGAAGAACUACGUCGAGGGCUUCCACGUGGCGAGCCUGGCCGACCAGAAGUUUGACGGCAUCACGGUCUAUUACACAAACCCCGGGAACCUGGCGCUGCUGCUCGAGUUUGUUAGCGGCGCAAGCCGCUGGCACUUCAUGCGGAAGAACCUCGAGGGCUCGAUUUGGAAGCCCAUGACGCUGCUCUACGCAAGCGAGGCGGAGCUCGCGGAGGGGCUCCUUGAGAUAGCCUCUGAGCUAGGGAUCUCUGAGGAUUUGUACGAAAAGGCCAGCAGGGCCCUGAGCAGGUACGGGAGCAUAGACAGGCAGUCCAGGAGGAGCUCCUGGAGGUCCUUCAGCAUUGGCAGCAGGUCUCUGGCUAGCAGGCAGAGCAUUGACUCCAGGAGCAGCCGGAUAGUCCACAGGUUCCCCCUGGGACCGGAAAGGUACAGCAUCGGGUCAGCGGCCAGAAGACACGAGGGAGUUUAUAGGAAAUGUAAGGUGGUAGCAAGAUGGCACCUGUUUAGGAACGGUCAACACAGUAUAAGGUGUAGGAAUAAGGAAAAAUUGAAAGAAAGCUGGGCCCCGAUAAGGAAUUAUAUAUAUAGCAACGUCAAUUUGGGAGUCAUAAGAUUAACGGGAGGGAACUUAAGCGGUAAGACGUCAUUUUAA